ACAAUUUAGAAAAUAUCAUGUUUUUAAUUAAUGUAUUUUCCACUUCAUUUCAUAUCUAACCUUCAGAGACUUUAUCCUCUUGUGUGCCAGGGAAGUAACCCAAUUGGAUCAUUCUAUUUCUAAUGCGCUACAAAUAAAAUCUCUACCAAUAGCAUAACAAUGAACUGUUUUUAAUGCUAUUAAUAAUUUUUAAUAAAAUUCAUAGCUUGCCCCUCUCCGCGUUCGCAGCCACAACGGCAAACGGAGCAGCUUAAUGUAUUGCGUCAUUUCUAAAACAUGAUCGCAAGGCAGUGUCGCGUCACCGAAGCAAACAACCACCUUGCGCCGACAUAUCGGAUCUUCCGCAUGAUCUUCACCUUCGAGCGCCACAACACACAGCUGACUUCGGCCAGUCUCCGUAACAUCGCCGGUGUAGAGUUAUGUUUAGCUCGAUUAGUAAACGCGUUUCCAAACACAGCCGCGACCAUUGCCACUUCGUGUGGCAUCAUCUUUCAAUCGGGUCAAAACAUACGACCGUUCGUGAUUUGUGCGACUGAUCGUCAACUCGAUCAGUUCGUUUCUAAACUUCCCCAAGGGAGCAUCGUAUUUAACGCGGUUUAGUUUACCGGUUUCAGCAGCAAUGGCUAAGGAGGAAUCCAAGUACGGAUUUAAGGAUAAGGAAAAGGCCGAGGAAUCGCUGGAGCUGCUCAAGAGUGAAGAUCACAAGUACCAGCUGUUGACGGUGCGUGGUCUUAUCGGCCGGGCGAAACGUGUGCUCACAUUAACAAAAGCUGAGGAUAAGAUCAACAACAUUAAAGCUGCGAUCGAGACAUUUGAACGAUGGCUCGAGGCAAACAGCACCUCCAGCACCAAGAAUGCUAAACCGAAGGACACGGAUGAUAAGGUGGAAACCGUACCAGGUUUGGGCUUCAAAGAUAAAGAAGCUGCUGAAAAAACGCUAAGUAUACUCGAGGGUCGUGAUCCCGAUUAUCAGAAGCUAGCAGUUAAAGGGCUAAUCGGUAGUGCGAAACGCGUUAUACCUGCCACCAAGAAUGAGGACAAGCUGAAGUCGAUCAAGCAAGCGGUUGCACUGUUCGAAGACUUUCUCGAUCGAUUCGAUCGCGAGCAGCGAGGAAAGCAAAACAUGCCUUACCUUCCGAUCGAUUUGAUACGGCAACUACCAACACCGGCCCAGUCGGAUAAGCUGGCUGUUGAAUUUCUCAAUUGCUACGAAACACCGGCCAAGGGCAACUACAAACAUUUACGCACCAAGGCACCCGAGGCGGAAGGGUCCAAAACAUGGGAUAUCGUACGAAACGCUAAACUGCAGGCGCUGAAACCAGACAGCAGUGUGAAGCUGUUCGAUCAGGACGGUAAACCGACCGAUGUGCAUUUGAAGAUGAUACAAUGGGCCUUUAGUCCGCAGGUAGAGAAGUUGAAGAGUUAUGUGAGCAGUUUGGGGCGCAAAGAUAAAUCACCCCAAUCGUCCAGUGCACGAAAACGAACACACACCUCCUCUUCUUCUUCGGAGGAAGAAAAGCCUAAAAAAGAUAGUAAGAAAGAUAACGGACAUAAGAAGUCAAGGAAAUAAACAAGUUUAUUAGAAACAU